ACUUUAACAUUUCAUCACGUAAGCGUCAGACCUCAAAACACAAAAAGGAAAAUCAAUUCUGCAGCGGCAUCGCCUAGAAUUCAACAACCUCAUCGCUGAGCAAAUAUGUCGCCGGAAUCUGAUACCACCGGCAUUAGUUUCAAGGAAACAGAACUGACCUUGGCCUUGCCCGGUGAGUCUCGCUCGUUACCGGAGAUUAUUAACGGAGGGAAAACAGGGACUAAACGUGGAUUUUUGGAGACCGUUGAUCUAAAUCUCGGGAGCUCUAGAUCUCACGCUGAUAAUUAUUGUACUGAGUCGGAGAACGAUGUCUCAAGCGUCGCGAAGCCUCCGGCAGCAAAGGAACAAGUGGUAGGGUGGCCGCCGGUGAGAGCUUAUAGAAAGAAUGCUAUGAAAAACUGUAAAUAUGUGAAGGUGGCGGUGGACGGAGCUCCAUACUUAAGGAAGGUUGAUCUUGAGAUGUACAAUAGCUAUCAGCAGCUCUUGAGUGCCUUGGAGGACAUGUUCUCUUGCUUCACCAUACGGAAUUGUUUGAAUGAGACGAAAAUAGUGAACGGAAUUGAAUAUAUGGCUACUUAUGAAGACAAAGAUGGCGACUGGAUGAUGGUUGGGGAUGUACCAUGGAAAAUGUUUGUUGAAUCAUGCAGGCGACUUAGGUUGAUGAAAAGAUCAGAAGCAAUUGGAUUAGCUCCAAGGACACCUUCAAAAUGCUCAAGCAUAAGUGAGUGAGAUCUAGAGCGAGGCCUUGAAGUGAAACAAGAGGUGUACAGAGGCUUUUUUGUCUUUUCACUUUCCUUUACAUACAAGUUGUUUUUGGUUGGAGAGGUUUUUAGUACAAACGGAGAAAUAAGAAAGAGGCCUGCCUGUAGUUUUCUCUAUAUCACAUUAUGUUACUGCAAUUGAAUUGAUGUUGUGGCCUUAAUUUUCUCUCCAUUUUCAGCCUUUUGCCAUUCUUGCUGACUACCCAUAUUAAUUAAAUCAAUAUCAUGCUUAGGAAA